CUUUCUUACUCCCAAAUAAGCCUGCCCACUCUCUCUAAAAACUUAAUCUCUUUUCCCACUGUAAACAUAACCCCAUCUUGCUAUGGAUGUGUGUGCAUGGAUAGAGAGCCUCCCCAACCCUGAUGAAUGGCCCGAUUCAACCUCCCCUCCACACUUAGAACUGUGCACCACUACUAACAAAGAAGGCAACCCUAAGAGUUUGCUCUUUAGGGCUGAGAGAACGGCGGGCUCCAACACAGAAGCACUAGUCACCUUCUCCCUCUGUGCACCUGGCUUUUGGCCCUCACCAAACACUCUCUGGGUUUCAAACCCUUGCCCUCUUCUCACCAACUCCAUGGAAAGAACCCUCCUCCCUCUUCUGCUCCAACUCCUUGAAGAGACCAUAGCUCGCGCUCCGGACUCACACAUGCCGUCUCCUCGUGUUUUCCUCCAACCGAGUGUGGCGGCCGCACUCCUGGCGCAGCCAUACACCACUCUGUCGGCCUUUUUCAACUUUGCAUUUGCUUGCAGGCUCUUUUGGCUCUGUGCCUUUGAUGCACCGGCAGAUGUUGGGUCGCUGUAUUUCCGCACACUGGCCUCUGGGCUUGAUGUGGGCUCGUGUAAGGAGGCCAUGAGGUCAUUCUUCUUAGCAGUGGGUGCAGACCUCGAGCUUCAGUUCAUGCGCGCCCUGGCCUAUGCUCUCACCAAGUCACUGCUGCUCAAGGACCUAGGAUCAAGCCAGCCAGACAAAGAGCGUGGCGCCUCAUCUUACUCGUACAUUAGGGCAACCAGCGGAUUUUUGGCCCUGAAGGGUUACGCUCCGCUCCUGGCCUUACGUCGAGCUACAAAACAACGUGCCUGCGAGGGAUUACUUGAAACCGGUAAGUCAGUGUUGCGCUAUGUCCUGGCGCACCAACAAUUGGAGGUGAUAGUCCAGUUCGAGUACUCGGUGAAGGUUCGGGGGGACCACGCCAUGUUUCGAUUGUGGGUCGACAAUGUGAGGGUUGAUGUCACCCGGCUUGGGUUUGGAGCUGCCGAGGAGCUCAUUGGAGAGAAGCACUUCCCUUCAAGGAUUUCCGUCAUGAUUGGACCCGAAGUGAGCUCAGGUGGCUCCGUGGUGGGCCUGAGCCUGAGCAAGUCGACAGCGAACCCAGAGCGAAAGGUAGAGAACAAGAGAACUGUGAAGGGUAGCUUUGGGAAGUCAAAAAUACCGACAGUCAAUGCCAUGGCCAGUACUUCGACGAGGGAAAGGCUGAGGAGUUGGAAUGUGGAGCAGUACGCAGAGGGAAGCACGGUUGUUUUCGACGCAGCUCUGUGCGAUAACACAAGUGGUAGCGAGGUGGCCUCGUUGAAGCAAGGUGUGGUUUCCGGCAGCGGUGAGCCGAAAAGUAGUUUUCGGAGGCGGUAUUCAGGGACCCAUCGGGCAUUUAACAAGAUGGGAGGGGUGAUUUUGACUGGUAAUGAGUGUGGGGAAGGGGUAAGUUGGAGGUUGUUGAAGGAAGUGGUGGGCAGUGUGAUGAAGUGGAAGUUGGGAGCCAAGGUUUGGGUGAGUUACUUUCCUAAUGACUGUAACACUUCUUACUUUGAGACUCGUUAUGUAGAGUGGUUUGAGGAGGUCAGUCUCCAUGUAAUUGAUGAGGAGUCAACAUUAGUCAGUACCAAAACUUAGGGUUGGCAGUUUAUAAAAAAUGACCCAAUCCUUGGUUUGUAUAUAAAUAACUGAACACAGUCAAGAGGCCCUGUAUCUACUCUGAUUUCCGUUUUGUUUUUGUGCCACGAACCAGAUUUGAGAUGCCAUUGCGUGAGGCUUGCACCCCAUAAUACAAAUACACAUUUGAAGAAGACAGUGUUCUGAUCAUCACAAUUGUAUAUGUGGAAAAAGAUUGUAUAAGGCGGCAAUUUUAUUUGUAAAACAUAUUUAUUUAAGCAU